AUGGAAAGUGGCUACGCCACUGCAUCGCUCAGUCCAGACCCAGCUGCAGUCCCUGCAUCCGAAGCGCCUCACGACAAUGAGUGGUACAAUCAGGACUUUGACGGCUACCGCAUCAAGGAGCAACUGCUCUACACAAAACGUCGUGUUCGCAUGGUGAUCGUAGGCGCUGGCGCCUCAGGGUUGAUGAUCGCACACAAGGCCGAACAUUUCCUUCAGAACGUCGAGUGGCAGAUCUACGAGAAGAAUGACGACAUUGGUGGUACCUGGCUGGAGAACAGGUAUCCCGGCUGUCAGUGCGAUAUUCCUUCCCAUAGCUAUCAAUUUUCAUGGUUUAGGAAUCCUAAGUGGUCGCAGUUCUACUCGGAUUCUCCAGAAAUAUGGCGGUAUUUCAAGGAUAUGGCAACCCAUUUUGAUUUGGAAAAGUACGUCAAGUUCAACCACAAGGUCGAAGAAGCAAGGUGGGAUGAAGAAGCUGGACAGUGGAUCCUUACGAUAGCGGGUCCAAACGGUGAGAAGCUCGAGGACCGUUGCGAGAUCCUGGCGAACAACUCUGGUAUCUUAAAUGAAUGGAAGUAUCCCGAUAUACCAGGUUUGGACACUUUUAAGGGAAAGCUUUUGCAUACGGCUCGAUGGGACGAUUCAUAUGACAUGAAGGGCAAAGUGGUAGCUGUCAUUGGGGGUGGUUCUUCUGCAGUGCAAGUCAUUCCUGCACUCCAAAAGCAGUGUAAAAAUCUGGUUGCAUUUUUGCGAUCACCUGUGUGGAUUACAACAGGAUUUGGUGCCAAGUUUGCUGGACCGGGAGGAACAAAUUUCAAAUACUCAACCGAACAAAUCAAAAAGUUUGACGAGGACCCAGCAACCUAUAACGAAUAUUGUCGUGCGCUCGAAGGCGAACUCAACAAGCGGUUUACUCUGAAUCACACCGCCAGCGCCGAUCAAAAGGCCUCCCGAGAACUCAUCGCAAAUAUGAUGCGAGACAAGCUAAAAUCUGAUACACUGGCCGACCACCUUGUUCCGGGCUUCGCACUGGGCUGCCGGCGAAUGACGCCCGGGACUGGCUAUCUCGAGUCCCUCACCGCUUCCAACAUGACGGUUGUCAAAGAAGCUGCAAUCCGCUUGACCGAAGACGGCAUCGUGGACAAGUCGGGCAACGAGUACAAGGUCGAUGCCGUCGUCUGUGCGACCGGAUUCACCACAGACUUUGCGCCGCACUUCAAGGUUGUGGGCCGCCAGGGACGCGAAAUUCACGAGGACUUUGGUGACUUUCCGAAGGCAUACAUGGCCGUCAUGGCCGAAGGGUUUCCUAACCUGUUUCUGUUCUUGGGACCAAACGCCCCCGCCAGUCACUCUAGUAUCCUUCCCAUCCUGGAGUGGCAUGCACGCUACAUGUUCCAAAUGAUCACGAAAAUGCAAGAGGAGGGUAUCAAGGCAUACGAUCCAAAGAGGGAGUGCAUCAAAGAUUUUUACAAUCACACGCACGAGCUGAUGAAGCGUCUGACGUGGUCUGCCCCAUGUAGCAGCUGGUUUAAAAACGGCAAGAUUCACGGUCCAGUAACUGCCAUAUGGCCUGGAUCCCGAUUGCACUACUUUGAGUGUAUGAAGAAUCCACGGUAUGAGGACUAUAACAUCACCUACCAGGGGAGGAAUCGCUACGAGUACAUGGGCAAUGGAUAUACCCAGGUGGAGACUGACCCCAAUGGCAAUGCCGUGUGGUAUUUUGAUGACCCCUUCUCUUUGAUCUGA